CAAUCCUACUAUCGUAAAUAACGCCAGUGGAACUAGCAAAAAUGAUCAAGAAUCAUAUCCACAAAUAAAAAUUCAUAAUUCUAUUACGGUUGAUAAAGAAGUUUUUACUUCUAGUUCAUCAUUGGAUUUAUCAAAUUAA